AUGGCCGACAUCUUUGACACCAACCACAGACAACCGCGACAGUUUCGACGAAUUGACCGACAGCUUACUGACUUUGACGAUGCGGAAUUACGGAAACGAUACAAAUUUUCAUCGGACAACAUUGACAGACUUGUACGGCUGUUACAGCACCGACUGGAACGGCGGACUCAACGGAACCGACCCCUGACACCACGUCAACAGGUUAUGAUUGCCCUACGCUUUUAUGCGUCCGGCAAUUUCUUACAGGUCAUCGGUGAUACGUUUGGAGUUGACGUGGCAACUGUAUCGCGGACAGUGACCGACGUUACGGACGCAUUGUUUGACUUGAAGGACAGGGCCAUCAGAUUCCCCAAAUCAAACGUUGAAAUACGGGCAGCAAAGAAUGGGUUUUACGCUUUACGUGGUUUUCCCUGUGUUAUCGGGUGUGGGGAAGGCACACACGUCAAGAUCAUCGCACCUGGCCAGCCGGACGAACCAGCGUAUGUUAACAGAAAGAGACAACAAUCAAUUAAAGUACAAACUACAUGUGACAGCAAAGGUGUUUUUUUAUUAUACUCGUAUAAACAUGUCAGGAUACUGAUUAUAUGA